GCCAGACCAGAUCUGCACCCUAGAGGUUCACCAGGCUCUGGUAGGUUUUACUGGAUGUCAUCGGAGGCAAAGGCCAUCCUGGACAUUUGGAUCUGUCAUAUUAGACUGAAUCAUUCCAGUUGCUGGAAAGAGGAUUUGUUGAAACUUGGACCUGGGAACACAGGAGUUUUCAACUCUGGGCCCUGAAGAGGAAACAGAAGAUCUCAGAACAGCACAUCUUUCCACAGUGUAGAACCUCAGUUCCCAAAGGGCUCAGGGAAGUUAUGCAAGAAGGUCUGGAUGUCCCUUGUGAUCACUGAUACUUGAGAGCCAGAAGUCUCCCCAUGGCUGCUUAUCACAUCCGACAGUACCAGGAGAAGGACCACAAAAGGGUCCUGGAAUUGUUCUCCAGCGGCAUGAAGGAGCUUAUUCCUGCUGCCAUCCGACAGAUGCUGACACUGCCUCAUUCUCUCUUGCUCUUACCUGGAGUGCCUGUGACCAUAGUAUUGAUGUCUGCCUCCUGGCUCCUGGCCACAUUAUACAGCUUCCUCUUUCUCCUUUGCCUGUGGCUUAUUUUCUGGAUUUCUUGCAGAAAUUAUGUGGCUAAAAGUUUGCAGGCAGAUCUUGCUGACAUCACCAAGUCUUACCUGAAUGCACAUGGCUCCUUCUGGGUGGCUGAGUCUGGAGACCAGGUAGUUGGCAUGGUGGGUGCUCAGCCAGUCAAGGACCCUCCAUUAGGGAAGAAGCAGAUGCAGCUCUUUCGCCUGUCUGUGUCCUCACAGCAUCGAGGACAGGGAAUAGCAAAGGCACUGGUCAGAACUGUCCUCCAGUUUGCUCGGGACCAGGGUUACAGUGAUGUUGUCCUUGAGACUGGCAGUGUGCAACAUAGUGCUCAGGCUCUCUACCAGGCCAUGGGCUUCCAGAAGACAGGCCAGUACUUUGUCAGUAUAAGCAAGAAGUUAAUGGGUCUUUCUAUUCUUCAAUUCUCUUACUCUCUCCCUUUUGCUUCAGGACCAGGGUAUAGUGGGAAAUAUUUAAAAAAAGGUCCCAUUCCAUGCUAGCACCAGGUACUCUCUGGCCCCAGUGGUCUCACUGCCUCCAUGGCUUGUCCUAUGUAGCAACUGCCCAUCUUGAGGAUCUCUUGCUGGGGAUUGUAACCUGGUAAAAUCAAAAGUCUAGAGGCUUGUGAUUUAUCAGUCAGAUUUAAAUUAAUAAAUUCUCAACCCACAAAAUGUCCCCACAAUGAAUUCAAAACUCAAUUGAAAUAAACUGAGGCUACACACCUAGAUGGGGCAAACAUACCCUAUUUAUUAUUUAAUCAUCUAUCCAAUAAAUUCCCAAUAUAUAUGGCUCCCAGGACUGUGUGCUUCUGGCUUCUCAUCCUCUCCUAUAGUUUUGAUUUUGUCUCCUGCCCUGUGUCUCUUCUUCUCUCUAAUAUUUCCUGUUACACAAAGGAUGUGAUCCUUUUUUGAUUUGUGUGUCCAGAAGGCUUCAGUUCACUCUGCUCUAGGAACAAGCCACUCCUGGCAGUUUCCCAGUACCAAUCCCAAGGGCUCCCUUUGCACUCCUUUCAGAUGCAGCCAUGCUGGUGGUGACCUGUGGGUGUUGGCUCCAUUCUGCCUUUUUAAGUAUCUCUCUUUCGUCUUUCUAGUGCCAUGAUAAGAUAGCACAAAACCCAACUGAGUCCAUCCUGCACACAGUUCACUUAGGAAUCUGUUAGCUGUCAGUAUCAGCUAGGUGGUCUCAAGACUUCAAGGCAAGCAACCUUGCUGAGCUGAAGUUCCAGCAGCUCACAGGAUUUAAAUCUAAGACUUGUGUAGAAAUGGAGCCUCCACUGGUAGAGGCACAGCACAGAUCAGGGUGGCUGCACUGAGAGCACUGGAGCAACGAAGCCUGUAACUUACACCUAAGCCACCUCUGUGCAGAGGGAGGAAGGGGACCUCUGAUGCAGUGAGAGUAACUUUGAAUGGCCUCUCCUGGUGGAAUGAUCCCUCCUGGCCUCUUGGUCCCAGUCUUAUGGGAAAGCACAAUUAAAUGCAUGAAAUGUACUUGGGGAUUCAUGAAGAUGAAAUGGGAUCAGGAAUUGUAUGAAUAUGUCACCCUAGGGAAAAUGCCUGGACCAACUGGCACUCGAGUAGGUUGGACAUCAGUGGGCUUCCAGUGCUCCUGGAUUUCCUCUGUAAAAAGUUAAAAUGGCAGUUCAGGAGUUGGAACAGCACUGUAGAGUGGAGAAAGGCAGUCUCAGAACUAAUAAAGUUGUUGGCUGAAGAUGACCCUGCUAGGCAUAAGAGACUUCCAGAAUUGUUAAGGAAAGGCCCAGAGGGACAUCAAAUCACAGAUGUGGUUUCCACUGCUUUUGGUUGCAUGUUGGAACUGGAGAACUCCUUGCUGAGGACAUGACCUGUUUGGUUUCAGGACACAGAAGAAUCAACAGAGAGUGACCUGGAACAGCCUUGUGUGCUCGCUGGGUUUCUAGUGCCAAGAGGCUCGAUCCAGGCUGCUGAGGGACAAUUGUAGAGACAGUCUUGCUCCCUGUGCUGUGUUGUUACUUGCCGGGAAGAUGUAUGUUGUAGUGUUAUAGUGGCAUUGUUAUGUUUGCACACACAUACUUUCUGAUUAAGGCCUCCAUAGGUGGAUAUUCCCAUUGAUUAUUCUAAAUCAAGACAAAAUUAUGUGAUGUGCAGGCCACAGGCCAUAGUAAGAAGACUAGUACUAUUGUUUUAGUUUUUAUUAAGCAGAUAUAAACUUUUAUCAGCUUGCCUUCAUUUCUUUUUAUGCCCAAUGACUGCUGUACCAGCAUCACUUGUAAAGGGAGCCUUUUUCACAGUGAGAGGUAGUCACUCCAGAGACUCAUAAUUUCCCUGAUUGCUGAGCAUAACUGACUGAUCCUUUGAUAUAAUCCGAUAUUGGGUCAUAAAUGGAAGAAAAUGGAUAUACACAAACACACACACACACACACACACACAUCACCUGCUCCAAGGCUUGGAAGAGUUAUGGAAGCGGAUGCAUAAAGAUUUAAGAUCUGGAGUGGGUGGGAUACCCUGUAUCUCUCUGGUCUGAAUUGAAACUUCCCCUUUUAGGGGGCUGACAGAGGCCCAGGAGACUCUGGAGAGCGUUCCUCUCUGAUGUCACCCAGGCAGUAAACAUUUAUCAGCAGAGAGAAGCCUCUUAGGAACCCCAGGGUUGGAGGUUUGUAAGUCAUUACCAAUGCAAUGGCCAUACUGCCUGGGCAACCCGUGCUCCUGUAAGUAAUCCCUCAGCUGUGCUCCUGUGCUCCAAUAAACUGUUUCAUCAAACUUGA